UUUACAGUAGUUUACCAUAUGUUGCAUAAACAAACUUCUUGAAUUCUUGUUCGCCUUUUGUUUUCAAUUAAAAAGUGACAAGAUGUCAUACACUAUAUUGCAAAAAUUAUCUCUACAAUGUCUCAAAGUAGAUCAGCCCCUAUUAACCACCAUACGUAAUGCCAGCAAAAAAACCGGUGGCAGUACUCGCAACAAAAAGGGACAUCCUCGUCCAAAACAUCGUGGCUGGCGCGUAUUGGACGGACACUAUGUCUCGCAUGGCACCAUUUUGGCCACCCAGUUGACCACACGUUUUCAUCCUGGUUUAAACGUGGGAUUUGGACGCAAUGGAACUCUAUUUGCCAUGGAGCACGGUCGUGUUAUUAUGAGCUGUGAACCCAUUGAUCCUAAUUGGGAUCACACAUGGGUACAAAGAAAUUACGCUGGGCGACAGGAUCAAACAAUCUACAAAAAGUUCUUCAAUGUUAUACCCGAAAAACAGCAUCAGCGGUUUCGUCUAGUGGAGGAAAUUUAAAACUGUUAUUAAUAUAAAAUAAAAACCUAUAAAAGAAAAA